AAUUAAAUUACAGAAAAAAAACUUUUUGAUAGCACAGAGUUAGAUAUAGUGCUAGUGUAUAUAUUGUAUACAUAUGUAUGUGUUUAUACGUAUAUAUAUAUCCCAGUAUAUACUCUCCUGUUAUAAUACCUCGUCAGCUAGCACAUACAGGAUUCAAUACCUAUUGCGAGCAAAUCCUUGUUGGGUAGGUGUAUUACUUUUCCUCUUCAAUACGUCCCUGGCUUGACUACAUAGUUGGCGUUAUCAAAAUGGGAAUGAUAUCAUGAUGUAAAUUUCAUUCGCUCAUGUGAGUAUCUAGGUAUCUAGGCAUCUUAGUCCCCGAUUCUUUGUACAUGCAGCCCAAUUCUUGCUCCAUUCGGAAAAUAAGAGACGAUAUGACAACUUCCGGAGAAAAGGGGGAUUCUUCGUCCUUAAUGGCUCCUAUCAACCAAUCUCAGAGCCUCAAAUCGGACAAUUUGCCUCCUGAGUUGAUGGAUAUUAUUAAACCUGCUCUGCAAUUCGGUGGCCUUUCCGGUAUGUUCUAGCCCCGUCUGUAUCACUUCCUGUUUGUGCAAACAUUUGAUGAUCUCCAACUUAUUUUCAUCCCUCAUCCCUUGUAAAUUUUCAUACAAUUCCUCCAUGGUAAUCGCCUCUAUACAUAUUAGCCAGGAUAUCCAUUCCUAGCCCCUAGCUGACGCUUCCUCAGCACUUUCCGGCACCAUCGUCGGUGGAUUCUCUGGCAUUCUCGUAUCUCGAACUCCGGUGCUCUUCGCCGUCGCUAGCUCUAUUCAGUGGGGCAUUAUUGGCACCACCUUCUGGGGAACUCGCACCGCGCUUCUUUCCCAUUACAGGACCGCUCGCAUAUAUCCGACACCACAGGAGAAAGCCCUUUCUACUACCCUUGCUGCUUCUCUUGCUGGUGCUACAGGGGGUAUAUUGCGUGGACCGAAGAAUGUUCUGCCUGGGUUCGUCGUGUUUGCAUCUGCUGGAUAUGUGGGACAGAGAAUCUAUGAUGCGUUGGACGAGAAGAAGAUGGAGGAAAUGAGGUUUGAGGAAAGCGGAAAGAAGGGGAACGGCGAAACUUGGAUUAACUCAAGGUGGGUGCCUUGGAAAAAACUAACUGAUGAUGAGUAUGAGGGGAUGUUGAAGGAAAGAUUGUUGAAGGUCGAUGCCGAGAUUGCGAUUCUGGAUGAUAAACUUCAGGUUUUACGAGAACAGCAAAUUAAUGAAGCAGGAAGGCCCGAAGUAACAGGUAGAAAGGAUCUCUAAUAUCCUGGGGGCAUUCUGACUUUCUAUAUACAUCCGAGAAUAGAAAUGUUUAACUAUAAAACGUUUUAGG